UUGCUUUUUUAAUUUAUUCUUUUUCUUCUUCCGUGUGUUUCGCAAACAACCAAAAGCCAGAAAACCAGCUCUCGUUUCUCUCGUUCCCUCUCCAUUUUCUCGGGAAAAAGAAGCAUGGGAAAAGGUCCUGGUCUCUACACCGAUAUCGGCAAAAAGGCUAGAGAUCUUCUUUACAAGGAUUACCAGGCCGACCACAAGUUCACUCUCACUACUUACACUUCCAAUGGAGUCGCAAUCACAUCAACUGGAACUAAGAAAGGUGAAUUGCUGUUGGCUGAUAUAAGCACCGAGCUGAAGAACAAGAACAUCACAACCAAUGUCAAAGUUGACACCAGUUCUAAGCUUUUCGCCACUGUUACUGUUGAUGAACCUGCACCGGGUUUGAAGACAAUCUUUAGUUUCAUUGCCCCUGAUCAAAGGUCUGGCAAGGUGGAACUGCAAUACCAACAUGAAUAUGCUGGCAUAAGCACUAGCAUUGGAUUGACUGCAAAUCCCCUUGUUAACUUCUCUGGCGUGGUUGGAAACAAUAGUGUCACUGUUGGGACUGAUCUCUCAUUUGACACUGCCAGUGGUAACUUUACAAAAUUGAAUGCUGGGUUGAAUUUCACCCAUUCUGAUCUCAUUGCUUCCUUGACGUUGAAUGAUAAAGGCGACACUCUUAAUGCUUCCUACUACCACAUAGUUAGCCCAUUGACUAACACAGCGGUUGGUGCGGAGCUGAGCCAUAGCUUUUCAAGUAAUGAGAACACUCUCACAAUUGGUACACAGCAUGCUCUUGACCCAUUGACAACGGUAAAGGCUCGACUGAAUAACUAUGGCAGAGCAAGUGCUCUAAUCCAGCAUGAAUGGCGCCCAAAAUCGCUCAUUACAAUAUCUGGAGAGGUGGACACCGGAGCAAUUGAAAAAAGUGCUAAAGUUGGGCUGGCCUUGGCACUCAAGCCCUAGGCAAAGGCAAAACUGUUUUUGUUGUGUCAUAUGGAAGGUGGGCCUUAAUUUUGAUUGGUUGAGGACUUGGAGAAAAAUAGUGUACUUUCAUGGAUUAUAAAAAUAAUGUUAUUGGCAAACCGAAAUUGGCAAUUUGCUUUGUUGAACAAGUGUUGCUUACAUCCAAUUAGUUCAACUUGUUUACUUCUUUCAGUCACAAA